AUGACUGCUUUCCCUCGUGUGUUAGUGACAGAUGAUGAGGAUAUCAGCGUGAAGAGUGUGAUAAUGGUUAACUCUUACAACGACAAUAACAUAUUUUGGAAAAACGACGUUGUUACCUUAACCGGAUAUAUUAUAAAGUUUGUGGAGAACCACAUUGAUGGGCCAAUCUUAAAGGAGUUUCAUCAAGGAAACGAUCAGAUAAAUUAUGGCUAUACAGAUAAAGGAUUGGGACUGAGUAAUUCUAAAGAUAAGAUUAAUUUUAGUGAGCUUGGUACUCAGCUGGCAUACAUCUACAGGUUUUUCGCUAGUCACGUGUUGAUAAUGGGAGAGUUACUGUUGUCCUCGUCUGGUUGGGCGGGUAUCCGCUACUCUCCUUCUAAACCGCCCCUUACACAGAACUUGGGAGAGAUGAACAGGUUUAUCGACAGUAUAAGUUCCCAACACGUGGCAGUCACGUGUUUUGGGGGAGGGCCAGUAUCUGAAGUAGCUGCACUGACCGCCUGGUUGAGAACUGAGGGUAUCUACGAGCCCCUACUGUUCAACAUAGUUGAUAAGUACUCGGCGUGGAGUUGCGUGGCGGCGGAGGUGGCGCGGUUCUGUAAUGUUGAGCUUCACUACAAGGAACUGGAUUUCUUGACGACGCAGAUUGAUGACCUCUUGCCGUACGUUUCUACAAUGGACAUAGUAUGCAUGUCCAAGUUCCUUAGCGCACUGACAGCGCACCGCGAGGCUGCCACAAGAAGUCUGCGCUACGUGCUACAGAACAUGCGAGCUGGUGCGAUACUGGUGUAUGUUGACAACAGUGGCGGGGGAACUACUCAGUGGUUGUCUGCCGAGGCUGCCAAGGCUGAUUUUAACGAGGUAUUCACAGUGCCCCAUUACCCUGCUAGACUAAGUCCAGCUAUCCUGGCACCCAACGAGAGAAGAUCACUAUUCAACGUAAAGGCAACAAGUACGCUCAAUGUAGCGUUUAAAGUGUUUCUGAAGAAAGGCAGAGGUUAUUCGCCUGGUUUUACAGGGACGUCUUACUGCAGGAGCAAGUUUUAUCAUCGAAUUGGGGACUCCUGUACCUCUUGCUAAAAAGAUUAGAGAACUAUAACUGUGUCCACUGCGCCGCAUCAUGUCUUUAAUCGUCAGAAGUCUAAUAUGUAAUUUGAAUGGGGCUUUAACCCUGCAAGCUGUUUCAGCGUUUUUAACAUUUCUAACAUUUUUAAUUAUUUA